ACUGUUGUACACAAGCUGCUACACUUAGUCCCGGGAAAGGAAUAACUUCUAAAACAGGAGACGAAUAGCUUCUAAGACCAUAGAAAUAGAAAUACUAGAAUAUGGUCCAUCCAGCAUGACACCUUUGAAUGGGGAUGUCCGUUCUAGUAGUUAUAUUUCUAUGCCUAAAACACAGUUCAUUUGCGCACCCCAAGGUGUUUUCUAACCCGACGACCAAGGUAUCCACAUUAUGAAUGUGAUUUCUUGUGAUACCUGUGUAUCUUCUCUUUCCCCAAAAAAUAGUGAGUUACUUAUAACAGAAGAGACAAAAACACGAUGAAGGGAGAAAAUGUGCAAACGUAUAUUAUGUUAUCUGAUUAUGUGACCCUGCAGUCUUACAGUACACGGUUUCAGUCGGAAUCUGAUUAUGUGACCCUGCAGUCUUACAGUACACGGUUUCAGUCGGAAUCUGAUUAUGUGACCCUGCAGUCUUACAGUACACGGUUUCAGUCGGAAUCUGAUUAUGUGACCCUGCAGUCUUACAGUACACGGUUUCAGUCGGAAUCUGAUUAUGUGACCCUGCAGUCUUACAGUACACGGUUUCAGUCGGAAUCUGAUUAUGUGACCCUGCAGUCUUACAGUACACGGUUUCAGUCGGAAUCUGAUUAUGUGACCCUGCAGUCUUACAGUACACGGUUUCAGUCGGAAUAUGAUUAUGUGACCCUGCAGUCUUACAGUACAAGGUUUCAGUCGGAAUCUGAUUAUGUGACCCUGCAGUCUUACAGUACACGGUUUCAGUCGGAAUCUGAUUAUGUGACCCUGCAGUCUUACAGUACACGGUUUCAGUCGGAAUCUGAUUAUGUGACCCUGCAGUCUUACAGUACACGGUUUCAGUCGGAAUCUGAUUAUGUGACCCUGCAGUCUUACAGUACACGGUUUCAGUCGGAAUCUGAUUAUGUGACCCUGCAGUCUUACAGUACACGGUUUCAGUCGGAAUCUGAUUAUGUGACCCUGCAGUCUUACAGUAUACGGUUUCAGUCGGAAUCUGAUUAUGUGACCCUGCAGUCUUACAGUACACGGUUUCAGUCGGAAUCUGAUUAUGUGACCCUGCAGUCUUACAGUACACGGUUUCAGUCGGAAUCUGAUUAUGUGACCCUGCAGUCUUACAGUACACGGUUUCAGUCGGAAUCUGAUUAUGUGACCCUGCAGUCUUACAGUACACGGUUUCAGUCGGAAUAUGAUUAUGUGACCCUGCAGUCUUACAGUACACGGUUUCAGUCGGAAUAUGAUUAUGUGACCCUGCAGUCUUACAGUACACGGUUUCAGUCGGAAUCACACUCACCGGCUGUAGUUCUUUUAAUACAUUAUAGUUUUGAAUGCUUAUUAAAUUGCUUAAACGGAAGUUGACAUGCUGUAGAAUGUAUAUAAUGUUAUGUUAAUAAUCUGUAAGUGACAUUUUGCACUCCCUGGCAAGCAGUGUGAGUGACAUCAUGGCUAAUGCUAACAACAAUUAGCCCUUUUGACUUAAAGGGAUAUGUCACUCAAAUCACAAAAUUACAUUGUUUUUCUUACCCUUCAAGCAGUCUUUGGACAAGGAGAGACAGCAAUGACGGACAGCAAUUUCUUUACAUGGUACCAAAAUAAAAAUGUAAUUUUCUAAUUUGGGUGGACUAUCCCUUUAAAUGUUAUAGAUUCAGGUACAAUAAGGUCAUGUUCAUUAGGGCACAAUGUAGCAAAACAUUUUGAAACGGAAUGCAAAGAUGACUCAUUGGACAUGCUCAGCCUCAGGUAGUAGGCUACUUCAUCGGUUUUCACAACGUUUUGUAACAUUCUGUGCCUACUGAACAGGAUCCUGGUAAGGAUUAUUGGAUGUUUCACCAAGUGGGUUGUUUCAAAGGAGAGAAACCCAUUCAAAAACAACAUGAAAUGCAGUAUGAACUUGUACGCUAAACCCAAAGCUCCAGUACACAUACCAUUGGAAACAGAAACAUUAGCAGAAACAUUUUGAGUCGAUUAAAUCCUCAUUGAAGGCUUUACCAGAAUAUGUGAAGUAUAUAAAACAUGCAGUACAUAACAUGGUGCCUUUCUUAGCGAUAUACUGUCCAUUUCAACAUUUAUUUGCACCCAACGUGUGGGUUGUUGGCCUUUUGUGCUGAACUGGUCUCACAUACUUGAUUUUUUUUCGGCCCUUGUAUAAAAAAAAAAUGACUAUCUGAUUUGGGCAUUAUUUAUCCACAGACAGACCAUGUAUUACCAAAGGAAAACUGGCCUUUAGAAAUGUCAUCAUUGUGUCUCAUACGAUCAUUAUCCUAAUUUAUUUAAAUGACGUGCACAUACCUAUACGAUAGUAAUAAUAUCCGUUAGCUCCAAUCAAACCUGUAAUGUCAUGAAAAAUGCUAAAGAAACUUCUAUUCUCCUACAUCAAUAAAAAAAAGAAGGAAAUUCAA